CUCCCUCAACAGCUUCGGACCCUCGCCCGACCUUGCCACCCUGGACGGAUCCUACCCUGCCUCAAUGACCAAGACCAACCCGCCUCAGCUGUAGACGCGUGCUUCAAGUUCAGAAAUCAGAACCAAGGUUCAGUUUGGUUCAUCAAGAAACUUAGGAGGAAAGUCACUAAUAAGGCACGUGUUGAAGGAUCAAUUGUGGAGGCGUAUCUUCUGGAAGAAAUUACCCACUUCACCUCGCUGUAUCUACCUAAUCUCAUUGCAAACUCACAAAACCGGCCAACCCGUUAUGCUCAAGAGGAUCAGCCUUCUACAAGUACCCUUGGCAUGUUUCAACUCCGGGGAUGGAAAUGUGGAAGGGGUGUGCCCAGACUUUUAACAACAGAGGAGUACAAGCAAGCCAUGAUUUAUGUGUUAACAAACCUACCAGAAAUGGAUGAAUAUGUACAGAAGUUUGAAGAUGAGCAGUGGAGGCGUCCUCAACCACCAACUCCAAAGCAAUUGAAAAACUUGAGGCUUAAUGGAGCCGGUCAUGGAAAGCCAAACUUGCUGGAUUGGUUCAAAGAUUAUUGCAUCAAACAUACUAGCGUACUUGAUGAGUUGCGGAUAUUGUCAAGAGGAUGCCGCUUUAAAGUGAAGUCCUAUGAUAUUUAUGAAGUAAAUGGGUAUAGGUUUCGCUCAGAGAGUUAUGAAAAGAAGAAGAGAAGGCUAAGCACUGUCAACUCUGGUGUGCUCGCUGUUGGUGAAGUGCUAGAGUACUAUGGCAUUAUAAAAGACAUAAUAGAGCUGAAGUUUGACGGCGACGAGGACUUUAGCCUUGUAUUAUUUGAAUGUCACUGGUUCCACCCAAUUGAUGGAGUUCGACGACGAGAUGCCAUAUGAUUGGUGGAAGUUAAACAUGAGUCAACCAAUCCAGCAAAUGAGCCAUUUGUGCUUGCUAGCCAAGUAACACAAGUUUAUUAUCUUCCAUAUGCAUGCAAGUCGGAUCCAAAUUUAAAUAAGUGGUGGAUUGCAUACAAGGUCAGGCCUCCAGGAAGCUUGCCCAUUCCCUCGCUGGAUGACUACAAUGCUGAAGAAACACCUUCAAAUGUUGAUGACGUCUACGAAGAGGAUGCUUUGGAUGGUGUUUCCAAGAUAUACAUUAAUAUUGGAGAUGGCCUGGAUAACCUUACCAUCAAUGAGACUGAUGAAAUUGUUAACCCAAAAGAUCUAGAAGCGAUAAAGAAGCGACAAAGUGAAAUAACCCCGAAGGCUAAACUGCCUAUUUCAGCACCAUUUGAGGAGGAAGAAACUGACUCUGAUGCAGAAUCAAAAGAUGGAGAGGACUUGCAAUUAUCUCAUGAAGACAUUCUAGUAGUUUUCUUGUUGUUUGAGAUGACAUUUUCCUCCAUGUAUUUUUAAAUCUGGACAUUGAUGAUUUCUGGUUGUUUCCCUUUGUGUUGAACUUAAAAUUCUAUCUCUUGUGGUUAUAUUUGUCUCUAGUUGUUUCUCUUUGUGUUGCACAUCUUUCUGUUGCUAUACUUAUGCCAAUUCAGAAAUGUGUAAUUUUAGUUAUGUUUUCUGUGGACCUUACUAAUGCAUUUCAAUUUAGUUUUAUAGGAUGACAAUUUCGCACUGCCGCCGCCGGGGGUCAUCCUCUACUAGCAGUGCUACUACAAGUGCAACACCAGGGCAAGAGAUGGUUGCAUCCCCAGAAAUGUCCGCUUGUACAAAUGAUGAUGAGUGGCUUCCACCUCCAAAAUUCUUAAGAGGUUCUGCAGAACUUCCACCACCUAUUGGCAAUGAGUCUGAACGUCCAUUGAUUAGACCUGGUGGUGACACAUGAGUUAUCAUUUAAUCCAUGCAUUACAGAUUGGCACACCUUGAGGUGUUUUAUAUGUACAACAUGACAUACCUUGGGGUGUGUUUAACUUAUAUCUAUUUUCUUGUCCUGGGCACUGGUUAGAAUUACCUACACUAAGAAACAAUGUGAGAAAGCCAAAUGGUGUGCUAACAAUCCUUUUAAAGACGCAUCAUCCUGGUUUGGUUGAGCAAAAAGGAAAACUUGUGUUUGCAUCAACUUGGGAACACUAUAAGCUAAAGCCCAGUGAUAGGGGUUGUCCAAAAGCAGAGGAAAUCGAGGAAGAAUUUUGGGUAACAAAUCUGGGUCCUUUUCGAAGUGUACUGCUGUAGUAAAUAUAAGUAACAGUUGAUUUCUUUUAGAAGUGUACCACUAUAGUAAAUAUAAGUAACAAUUGAUUUUUUGUGAUCUAUAUUGCAGCUGAGGUUUAGGCAUGAGGCUGAGUAUGAGGCAAGUGCAAGGCUCCAUAUUGGCAGGUGUUGCAACCAACUCUUGGAUAAUGUUCUGUACUAUGCUCGCAUACAGGCCGUGAGGGACCAUUAUUACAAACUUGAGAAUCGCAGACUGAAAGAAAAACAUGCUGGACGACGUUAUCUUGAAAAACAUGAGUACAUGGCUGUAAGACCAUGGUGGUGCACUGUUGUUUCCUGGGAGGCCUUAGUUGAUGAAUGGUGUGAUGUUAAUUGGAUUGCGACAUCUAAGAAAAAUCGUGAUAAUCGCCUCAACUCUAAGUACAAGGCCCAUAGAGGUGGAUC